AUGGAGCUGUACAACUCCUCAGUGUCCCCAAACUACCAAGAGGAACAGGCUAUAGCCAAAGCAGUUGUGGGGGAACCAGAAGUUUGGGGCCUUGCUCAACGUAUAGAGCAGGGAUGGAACUAUCUGGACGUGGCGCUGCUGCUGUGUGUGGUGGACAUCGUCAUGACGACUCCUCCCAUCAUCCACCUGCUCUCUGUGGACAUGAACAUGUGGAGCUGUCUGAGGGUGCCCAGCAUAGCACAAGUGAGAAUUCUGACCAAAGUGCAACAAGAGAAGUCCAGAGAAAUGAGUCUCCAAAAUAAAGACAGAGAGUCCAAGGAGAGGAGAGCGCGGGCCGCCAGCAGCACACACCUAUUCACAUCCAUGACCGUCUCAGGGACCACCAUGUGUUCAGCCUGCAGCAAACGCAUCACGGCCAAGGAGGCCCUCAACUGUGCAUUGUGUGGCAUCACAGUGCACAGCCACUGUCAGGACGGCUGCCUGGACUGCUCCAAAACCAAGCACAGGCCUAAAACUGCAGUAAUUAACACCUCCGUGCAAAACGAGGCAGUGAAGCCUAAAGCCCGCAGGCUUCCGGAGAGGCCCAGCUCUGCCAUCUACGCUUCAGACAGCUUCCGCCGCUCCAUCCUGGGCUCCUGUCGUGGGCGGGGUUUAUCUCUCUCCAAAAGCGUCUCCUCCAAUAAUAUUGUCGGGUUUCUAAGUGAGGAGUCUUCUCUGGGACUGCGACGGAUCCUGUCUCAGUCCACAGACUCUCUGAUCUUCAGGUCCAGAGCUCUGUCAGUAGAGUCCUUGAGCGAUGACGGAGAGGCUCAAUAUAGCAAUGCGCUGGAGGACACAGAGGUUGAGGCUCAGCACUUCACAGCAGACUCCUGGAGCCUGGCCGUGGAGAGAAGCUACUUGCACAAGCACCACCGAGCCGUCAUCAAGAGACAAGACGUGAUCUACGAGCUCAUCCAGACAGAGCUGCACCACAUGCGUACUCUGAGGAUUCUGGAGCGUGUGUACCGCCAGAGUCUGCAGGACGAGCUGCACUUGGAGGCCAGCACGGUUGAGGCCCUGUUCCCCCAGCUGGAGCACCUGUGCCACAUUCACGGGCGCUUCCUGACACAGCUCCUCCAGAGACGCACUGAAAGCAUGGAACCAGGCUCAUCCCGGAACUUCACCAUCCAGCGCAUCGGAGACGUGCUACUAGAGCAGUUCUCUGGCCAGCCUGCAGAGGACAUGAGAAAAACCUACGCUGAGUUCUGCACUCGUCACCUAAAGGCUGUGAAGGUGUACAAGGAGACGCUGAGCAAGGACAAGAGGGUGCAGGCUUUCAUACAGCGCGUCAGCCGCAGCCCGGCCCUCAGGAGACACGGCUACCCGGAGUGUAUCCUACUGGUCACUCAGAGAAUCUGCAAGUACCCUGUCCUUAUGCAACGCAUUCUGGACAGCACUGUGGAUGAAGAAGAGGCAUCCUCUCUGUCCCAGGCCCAUCUGAAGGCCAGAGAACUGCUGACCGCCAUCGAGCAACAGAUGGAUGAGCUGCAGAAGAGCCAGAGGGUGGAGGAAAUCCACAGCAUCCUGGACCCCAAAGUAGUGGCCCGUGUGAGGGACGGUCGUGUGUUCAGGCCCGAGGAGCUGCUGCGCAGGAGCCUGCUGCACGAGGGCACGCUGUUCUGGAAGAGCCCCGGCUCACGGCUCAAAGAGGUGCAGGUGCUCCUCAUGACAGACAUCCUGGUGUUUCUACAAGAGAAGGACCAGAAAUACAUCUUCACUAGCCUGGACAAGCCCCCGGUGUUGUCCCUGCAGAACCUCAUGGUGAGGGCCAUAGCGAACCAGGACAGGGGCAUGUUCUGCAUCAGCGACGCUUCUCCUCCAGAGAUGUACGAGCUACACGCUGCCUCCAAAGACGAGCGCAACGUGUGGAGCCAGCACAUCCUGCAGGCCGUGCGCAAAUGCCCUUCCAGGGAGGCAUUCCCUCUGAUCGAGUCAGAACACAAGGCCCGCAUCAGGAGACUGAAAGCUGAUCUGCAGCACAAGGACGGUGAAGUGCUGGAGCUGCUCCACCAGAGGGUGGCGCUGUUCUCUGAGCUGUCAGAGCUGAGCAGCGGUCAGAGCCUGCACUCGGUCAAUCCUCGCUCUCUGUUCAGAGCAGACACACUGCAGGCUCCACGGGCCGAGAGGCUGCUGCUGGAGGCCACUAAAGAAGUGGACACUCUGAGUGACCUGCUUCUCGGCUCAUCUGGCACCACCUCAGCAGAACACAGUCCUAUGUGUCAUGGGGAAGUGUCUCCGAACGGGGCCCUCGCACAUAAGGAGAUCUGCCAGAGACUGCUGAGCCUGAGCACCGGCCUCCAUGCUCUGCAGGGCGCAGUGAUCAAGCAGGACUCCAUCCUGGAGCUGCUGCUGCAGCCGGAGGAGGAGUGGCGCUGCCGAGCGCAGGGGGACAGCCCAGAGUUGGGAGCUAUCGGAGAACUGGCUCUUCUUCAGAGACAGCACAGUCUGCUCCAAGAUGAGCUGCUGCGGCUGCGCGACGCUGAGGCCCGCUUCAAACACAGUGAGAGGGAGAGGGUCCGGCUAGAGCAGCACAUGAGGAGAGUGAUCGGUGUGUCCCAGGGAGCAGCGGCUACAAAGGUGACCCGUCUGUACACAUGGCAAACAGACAUUCAACAAUACGUCACAGUGACAGGACAAACAGCAUCAACCCUGACCCUGGCCCUGACCCUGGCCCUGACCCUGGCCCCAACCGGACCUUAA